AUGGAAUUACUAAGGAAAGGUAGAAAUCUAGUACCAUUAGAGACUAAAAACAAGUAUAAAGUAUGGAUUUAUUUCUUAGUUAUCAUUGCAACUUCUCUAGAUAACUUGAACGUUUCAGGUACUUUAACUGCAAUUUUUUCCAUAACUGAACAUUUCCCAAAUGCUGGUACUACAACAAUAUCAUGGGUUUUCUCUGCUUAUUCAUUGACUUUAGGUGCUUUUAUUAUUAUUGCUGGUAAAUUGGCUGAUGUUUUAGGACCUCAUAAUGUUUUCCUAUGUGGACUGUUUUUUAUGUCUAUCUUUGCAUUGAUUACCGCUGUUAUUGUCAAAGAACCAAUUGCAUUAAUUGUAUUCAGAGCUAUUCAAGGAAUCUUUGCAAGUUCUUUGAUUCCUUCAACAUUUGCUAUGACAGGUAAUUAUUUCAAAGGUGAUGCUUUAUUAAAAGCAUUAACUGGGUUUAUUAUGUCUUUGACUACUGUUUUCGGUAUUGGUUGUAUUCUUGGUGGUGCUUUUAGUGUUUCCUCAGCUGGUUAUAAAGGUUUAUUCUAUUUCACAUUUGCAGUAGGUAUGUUUUCAUUUAUAAUUUUAUUCUUCUUAAUCAUUCCAAUUGAUGAAACUGAAGGACAUAAGAACUUGAAAAUUAAAGAUUUGGAUUUUGGUGGUUCAUUUGCCUUAGUUGCAGGGUUAUUAUUGAUUAUUUUGGGUCUUACAGAAGGUGGACAUUCAUGGCAAAAACCGGCAGCUUAUGUUCCAAUAAUCAUUGGUGGCUUGGUUCUCAUCGGUGUCAUCUUAUUUGAAAUGGUUUAUAUUCAAUUAUUCAAGGACAAAGUUGAUUCACAAAUCAAAUCCAUUGAAUCUAAUACAACACAUCUAAGUGAAGAAAAUAAAGAUAAAGAUGAACUAAAUCCAUCAAAUCAAUCUGUGGAAACAAAAAGUGAAAUCCCAGGUAUAAAUGAUUGGAGAUAUAAGAUUCAAUUAUUAUUCCCUCGUGAAGUUGUAUCAAUUAGAAAUUUCUAUCAAUACUUGGCUUCAACUUUUUUAUUUUACAUCAACUAUAUCGCAGUGAUGACCACAGUUAUUCAAUAUUAUCAAUACGUCACAUUAGAUUCCCCAAUAAUGACCGCUGUUAAAGUUUUACCAUUAGCUCUUGGUUUAGCAGUUGGUGCUACAGUAUAUCGUCAACGUUAUGCAGAAAAGUUUGGUUUAAAGUUUGUUAUUUGUUGUUCACCAAUCAUCGUUUUAACAAUGUGUGUUUGGUUAUCAAGAUUGGAUUUUAGAGUAAAGAAUAGUUAUUGGAAAUAUGAAUGUUUUGCGCAGUUCUUCAUUGGUUAUGGUACAAAUCUAUACUUCCAAGUUUAUUGGACUGAUAUUAUUAUAGGUACACCAUUACAUUUACAAGGUGUUGUUAGUGGUAUUUUACAAACUGCAGGUCAGAUUGGUAUUUGUUUUGGUAAUGCUAUUAUUGCUUCAUUAGUUGGUGAUUUAACAUUAGAUAAAAGCUUUGAAUCAAGAUUAAAGCUACAUGAUAAAUUUAAAAAGAACUUUUAUUUAGCUUUUGCAGCUUCUGGUGCUUUAUUCUUAGUUUUAUUAACUACAAAGAAGACACCAAAAAUGGAUCAAACACCAAAAAUUUCUGAUGAAGAACAAGGUGUAACAGAGAAUGAAGUUGAAAAAGAAUCAGAAAGUAAUUAA